AUGUUCAUACUACGUCUUCUUGAAAUAUUUUUCUCACAGGCCUAUGAAGCCGGAUUUUUGGGCCGUAAUGCGUGCGGAUCUGGGUACGAUUUUGACGUUUACGUGCAUCGUGGUGCGGGUGCGUAUAUCUGUGGCGAAGAGACAGCUCUCAUUGAAUCCAUUGAGGGUAAACAGGGCAAACCACGAUUGAAGCCACCUUUCCCGGCAGAUAUUGGUCUGUUUGGCUGUCCAACCACAGUGAAUAAUGUGGAAACUAUUUCCGUAUCUCCAACCAUUUGUCGCAGAGGCGGUGACUGGUUUGCCAGUUUCGGUCGCGAUCGAAAUCGAGGCACGAAGCUUUUCAACAUAUCCGGUCACGUAAACAAUCCGUGCACAGUCGAGGAAGAAAUGUCAAUUCCCAUGCGCGAGUUAAUCGAGCGACAUGCCGGUGGUGUUAUUGGGGGCUGGGACAAUUUGCUUGCAGUCAUCCCCGGUGGAAGUUCGGUUCCGUUGAUACCCAAGGAUGUAUGCUCCACUGUUCUCAUGGACUUUGAUUCAUUGGUCGAGGCCCAGAGCAGUCUGGGCACAGCCGCCCUGAUCGUGAUGAAUCGCUCGGCAGACGUAGUUCGUUGUAUUCAUCGCUUGAGUCAAUUUUACGAGCACGAAACCUGCGGUCAAUGCACCCCUUGUCGGGAAGGUUGUCGUUGGAUGCAACAAAUUAUGGCGCGUUUCGUCAGGGGCAAGGCACACAAAUCGGAAAUCGAUAUGCUAUGGGAGAUUUCCAAACAGAUGGAAGGACACACUAUUUGUGCCCUGGCUGAUGGUGCAGCCUGGCCGAUUCAGGGUCUCAUACGCCACUUUCGACCGGAGUUGGAGGCCCGCAUCGCCCAGGCCGGGAUCGAACUGCAAGAACCGCCGAGAUCCAAGUCACAGAUUCCCGGUUAG